UAGAGACCUAAGAAUGGGAAUAAACACGAAUACAUAACAAAGCCAGCCAGGCCUAGCCAGCCAGCCAGCGCGCGCGCCGGGAUGCGGCUGGUGGGAACCCCACCAGGCUAGGCUAGGCUAUUGUCUUCGGGGGCGCUGAACCCCCGGCUCCGGAGAGCCCCUCCGGCCCCUUGCCGGUCCUUCCCAGCCCUUCAGGAUUUUGCCCUUAUCCAAGACACCCCCGCCGCCUCCCUCGCCGUGACCUUGGCCGCCGUGGACGCUCCUUCCCCGGGCGCCUUCCAGCUGGCCCCUGCGGCGCUGGGCCCAUGGCCGCGUCGGAGGACGGGAGUGGCUGCCUCGUGUCUCGGGGCCGCUCCCAGAGUGACCCCAGCGUCCUCGGGGACCCCUCGGCCACCUCCGCUGCGGAUGCCGCCGGGGAGAACCCAGAUGAGAUGGCCGAGACGACGCCAACGCGCCCCGAAUAUCUGGUCUCUGGAACCCGCACGCCCCCCGUGAGGAGGAACAAGCUGGCCUCUCUGGGAAGGAUCUUCAAACCUUGGAAGUGGAGGAAGAAGAAAAGUGAGAAGCUGAAGCAGACGACAUCGGCACUGGAGAAGAUGAGCAGCAGGCAGGGGCGAGAGGAACUCAUCAAGAAGGGGCUACUGGAGAUGAUGGAGCAGGAGACGGACCACAAGGCCUGCAGUGCUGACGGGGGACCCCCUACCCCUCAGCAGGAGCCAUCAAGCCUCCCAGAAGCAGAGCCCGGGGAGUCUGUGCCCACAGGACCAGACCAAGCUGAGCCACAUUGCCCCAGUGACACAGACAGGGACCCCUCAGCAGCAGCAGCAGAGACCCAGGAGGAAGAAGCUGAGACUGACAGCGAGGAGCCUGCUGCCGACAUUUCCUCUCCAGCCUUAGCUCGGCCUGACUCCCCGGACAGUGCUCCUAGAACCUUGGAGAUGUCCAGCGACCAGCUUCCCAGCUCCUCAUUGCAGCCCACCCCUCCUCCCAAGGCAGGUGCCAAAGCCAUGAAGCUCAUCUUGGGCCAAGCUGUGCCCUUCCACAGCCCCAGUGGGAAGAACACAGACCCUGCUCUGCGGGCUCAGCUGUCCACACCAUCGGGGUCCCCGCACCUCCCCACUGUGCACUGCCCACUGCCCCCCAGCCGCGUGAUCGAGGAGCUGCACCGGGCGCUGGCCACCAAGCAUUGCCAGGGCAGUUUCCAAGGACGGGAAAACAAAGGGUCCCCGAAGAAGCGGGCGGAUGCGCGCUUGUCCCGGAUGCCGAGCUUGGAGCAGGGCAAGGACAGAGAGCAGAGCUGGAGCCCCGACGGGGCAGCCGAGAGCAAACAGGAGUCGGAGGAAAACAAGGAGAACCUGCUGGGGAGGCCCGAGCUUCGGGAUGAGGACCUGCUGCUCUACCAGGACCCCGAGGUGCUCGACGACUCCAUCAUCUCUGGCACACUGCCUCGGAGGUGCAAGAAGGAGCUGCUGGCGGUGAAGCUCAGGAGCCGGCCCAGCAAACAGGAGCUGGAGGAACGGAACAUAUUCCCACAGAGGACAGACGAGGAGCGGCAGGAGAUCCGGCAGCAGAUAGAGCUGAAGCUGUCCAAACGGCUGAGCCAGAGGCCCCCCGUGGAGGAGCUGGAGCGCAGGAACAUCCUCAAGCAGCGAAACGACCAGACGGAGCAGGAUGAGCGGCGGGAAAUCAAGCAGAGGCUGACGAGAAAGCUCAACCAGAGACCCACCGUCGACGAGCUCAGAGACAGAAAGAUCCUGAUUCGGUUCAGUGACUACGUGGAGGUGGCGAAAGCGCAGGACUAUGACAGGAGGGCGGACAAGCCCUGGACUAGACUGUCAGCCGCAGACAAGGCAGCCAUUCGCAAAGAGCUCAACGAGUACAAAAGCAACGAGAUGGAGGUCCACGCGUCUAGCCGGCACCUGACGAGGUUCCACAGGCCAUAGAGAUUUUCUUCUGAGAAGAAUUCAUGUUUAAUUUUUGAUACCAACACUGAACAUGCAUCAGGGAACUUUCCUGAAGUUCAGCUCAAGACUCCCUGCUGGGUUUGUGCGGAGCAGGUGAGAGCUGGGCCGGCCUAGUGGCCUGUGGACCGAGGACUCGCCGGGCUCUGCACCUGAACUGUGGAGACCGUAGGCUCAGUUGUGCUCACAGGAUGCUCCAGAAAACUGUUUACCUUUCUAAGCUUGUUGUGCGGUUGUGCAGGGUGCUGGGGUGCAGGCCAGGCUCACCACACCGAGGCCUCAGCUUCGAAGGACAUGUGCCGUGAAGUUCAGUGUUCUGUUGAAAGAUCUUUUUAUUCUGACCACGAUUAAUUUGAAAACUCUUUCUGUUCAUGUUAUAUAAAAAUGAUUUACUGUAUUAUACUUUUUUCCUUUUUUUAUAUAAUGUCUAACAAAAAUACAACUGCAACCUUUGGAUUCCUGUUAAGUUUGUUCUUUAAUUAAAUGACUACUCAUUGCAGGAA